AAACGUUUUCAGUGUUGAGCGAGCCGUGAUUGCGUUCCGUAUUGUCGUUCCCGUCGUCGUUGUCAUCGUUGUCGUCAUUGCCGGUCGUCAUCGAGUCGGUCGCGUGUCUCCGAUGGGAUCUCGGCGUCGGGACGCGUUCCGGUCGUGCCGGCCGAUCUCGCGAGGUCUCCCGUGGGACAAUGAGACCCAAGCGCUAACUGAGAGGAGUGGCCUGAUUAAAGUUCCCCGGGGAGAGCGUGUCCGAGAGUGGAUCUCUCUCGCGACCGUGCGCGAGUGAUUAGAGCGGCGGCGGUUGUAGGUCGGCGUGAAAAAUUGAUUCGACGAUGAAUGUGUUAAUUUGUCUUCGGCUUAUACAGGAACCCGCGCGAUAAGUGCCGUCGCUUGUUCCAGGAAGCUGCGAUUAACGUCCUGCAUUUAUCGGACUUUGGCUUUCGCCGUUAAUCCGAUCGGUUUCAUCGAGAAGUUUUAUCAGCGCAGCGAUAUCACGGAGUUUCUAUCGGGAUACGCGAGCAAUCGCUGCAUGCCAUUUCGCGCUGCGCUGCAUCGGCGCUCUCAAUGGCGUGGAGUGCGCAAACGACGCAUAAUAAUCGCACCGCACCGUGACCGGGAUUCGUACGAGGGAUUUGCCGAUUAUCAGGGCAAGAAGCAGCUCGCGAUUCAGGAGAGGCAACGGAAACGACGGAGCAGCCGACACAUGUAGCAUUCGGGCAUCGGUAUAAUGAAGCCGUCCAUGAAAAUGGGAGUGAUCGCCUUGAUAGGGAUCUGCGUAGUGUUUUAUCAAUAUCACCUGUCCACCGGCGUUACUUUCGACCAAGUAACGGCCUUCAAUGCGGACAACUCUGCGGACGACGCCGGGGUUUUGCCGAUUGGCGAAGAGGGCGACAACUACAGUAAAACCUCGAGGCUCACCGAGGACAUGAUUCGAUGCGCCGUGUAUCGAGUGCAAAUUGCGAAUGGCCUGAGUCCGGAGAUAAGCUCGUUGCUCGUACAAGAGCUUAUCAGUCAGUUAAGCAAGAACGUCUCGGUGGCCUCCAGAAAUAAUUCCAAGCUUCCGCAAACAUCGCCGACGACGACGCACAAGGCGGCGGUGGCGGCGACGCCGUCGCCGCGUCAGUCAGCUUCGUCGAAUCUCGUCGAGCCCUUGUACAUCAUCACACCGACAUAUCGAAGACCGGAACAAAUCCCCGAGCUCACGAGGAUGGCUCACACCCUGAUGUUAGUCAAAAACGUGCACUGGCUCGUUAUCGAGGAUGCUGCCGUCGCUACCAAGCAAGUCACCAGGCUGUUGGAGCGCACGGGUCUGAAGUUCGAUCACUUAAUCGCUCCGAUGCCGGAGAAGUACAAGCUCAAGAAGGGCGCGAAGCCGCGAGGGGUGUCGAACAGAAAUCGUGGUCUGCAGUGGAUACGAGCGAACGCUACGAGAGGUGUCUUCUACUUCGCCGACGACGACAAUACUUACGACAUUGAGCUUUUCAACGAGAUUCGGAAGACGAAGACGGUGUCGAUGUUCCCGGUGGGACUGUGCACCAAGUUCGGAUUGAGCUCGCCUAUCCUGAAGAACGGCAAGUUCGCUGGGUUUUACGACGGCUGGAUAGCCGGCAGGAAGUUCCCGGUGGACAUGGCCGGGUUCGCCGUGAGCGUCAAGUUCCUGCAGCAGAGACCGAACGCGACGAUGCCGUUUCGCGCGGGUUACGAAGAGGACGGCUUCCUGAAGAGCCUGGCGCCGUUCGAGCCGCGCGACGCCCAGCUGCUCGCGGACAAUUGCACCAAGGUGCUCGCCUGGCACACCCAGACGAAGAAGAACGAGCCGAGCGCGCCCUUGGACAUGAAGCUGUACGGCACGACGAACCUGGUGAAGCUGAAGCAGCAAAUAGUAUGAUGCCGGCCGACCGGUCGCCGACUCUUAACGCGAGAGAAUCUAAUAACCUGAAUCUUGUGAUCCCGCCCCUCCUUCGCACUAGUUCAUCGGUGUUUCUCCAAGGGAAUUCCUAGGUGCGGAAAACUGUGCGAUUCAGUGCCUAAAGUAUCUACCCCCUCUCUCUCACGACGGGAGGGACCGUUAUCUUUAAGCGUAGCCGGUAAAACGAUCGUUUUUUUAUCAGCUUUUACAAUCCGCAGCAAGUAGCUCCCCCGAAGACGAGUGCGCCCUUACCUCGAGGAAGGAAGGAUUACUGGAAGAUAGAUAGGUUGAUAGGGUAGGUAGGUAGAUAGAUAGAUAGAUAGGUAGGUAGGUAGGUAGGUAGGUUCCGGGGCGGCGCUUCGAGCGCAAUGACUCGCGGUGUAUGUUAGCGAUUCGAGUUUACACGUAGAGGAGAGUUUGGUGCUCUCCGUCAUUACUUCUCGGUACUCUUCUCGCGCAUUCCUUGUUUCGUGCAUGCCGCCCAUCAUCAAAGCGAUCGCGAGCAGACAGAGAGAGAGAGAGAGAGAGAGAGAGAGAGAGAGAGAGAGAGAGAGAGAGAGAGAGAUCAAUUUCAUUCGCUAAUAUUAGAGUAGUCGGUAUCGGUGGUAUCGGGUGAGGAAGUUGGUGCGGUAAUGACCUUUAUCUCUCCCAACGUGUGCGACAUUGCUCACUCUACAUAAAUCAACGACCAAAGGAAGCAGACGAGUCACUUGUUAGGUAAGACUAAGCUCUUCGUUUCGUUCCACCUCCCCCGCUGGAGGGACCCCCUUCUCCCGAAUAGAUUCUCUAUUCUGUGCUCCGUAUUUUAUUCCACAGCAGUCAAGUUCAUUCCUAAACUGGCUAUAGCCCUCCUUCGUCUAGACCUCGAAGCUAGUUACACCAAUAGUCAAGAUCGCGACACAACCAAAGAUUACGUUUAUAAGCAGUCACUACCGCGGCAGGUGUCCUUUUAUUUUGGGUGACUACGCGCUUCCUGAACCCGCGUUGAUCGGUCUCCUACUUACGAGAAUGCCGAUAUUGCUCGUCAAUCUGGACGAAGAUUUUUUUGCGAUGUUCAACAUUUUUUUGUGAUCUCGUCGUUUGAUCCUGCCGUGUUUCUUCAAACGUUGCGUUUAACGAGCAUAAACGAUUGUAAGAUUCGUAGAGAGUUAGAAAACGAGUUCCUUAAUAAGAAUUCCUCGUACUUCCCAAACGCGAUUUCAGACGAGGAAAUAAAAAUGUAAGGGAAAAGGGAAAAGAUAAGAAAAAGGAAGCCAGAGAAUAUGCUCAAAAGCGACGAAAUAUGAAGAGUUUAAUAUUCUGAAAUUCGCCGAUACCAAAAGUUACUUUAAAGUUCGCCCGACGUUGAAAGUUACGGUCUACGAGGACUUCCGAUUAAGAUGCGAGAAAUUUCUUCGAUAGAUAGGAGCUCACCGGAAAACGUGAAGUUGGAAUGCACGAGAUUUGUAUUUUGUCGAAUAUCUCUUGACUUGUGUAGAAUUCACGUAGUCUUCUCUGACAAGUAUCUACGAGCGUUCGGUUGCGUUCUUCACGAACCGCGUGGGAUCUCUGGCGUGCAUGUCUAUCGUACUUUAGAUCGCGUUAAAUCAGAAAGCCAGAAAAAAAAAUUAAUUUUACGACUGAACGUCGGGGAAACACCCGCACGCGACGAACACCGUCCGAUCGUCGUGAAACAAGCGGCCUCGACUGUAUUUGACUGAAUAGGGAUACUUUUCAUUGUGUUGAGUCGCGCUCGUUGCCGCUCUUUUAUUUCCGUUUCUGAUAUGAUAUCGUUUCGUCGUAACGUCGUGAUCGAUGCACGAUGAAAUUACAAAGAGAACAACGUAUUAUAAUCAAACAAACGAGCGUUUGCGUUUACUUGCAACAUACUUGUGCGUGUGGUCAAAAGUGUGUGCGUGUAAGGAAAUGCAUAAUAUAUCCAAAGCUACAUUUGACUCUUCUUACACAAUAUAGUUCGUGCGAGUCGGAUUUUGAGACUCGAUGUCCUUUAAGUAGGACUGAGAAAACCAGAAAAUAAAAAAGAUGCACCCCGCUCACGAGUGCUAAGCAAAAUCCAAAAAAAAAAAGAAAAGGAAAGGAAGAAGGGAAGAAAAUUGUUUCAAUCGUCUCCAAGACGGCGUCUCUAGAACGAUCGAGGUUAUAUUGACUCACGAUGUACAGUGGAACCUUGAUAAAUCCCGACACGCUUCUGUUACUAUACAUAUCUCUUCUGAAAUUUGUGACCAAUUUUAAAUGAAACUUAUACAGUAUUUAGCUGAUUGCUCUACAAAUAUAAUAUUACUUAUAAGUAUCCUACGUAUAUAUUAUUAUAAUUUAUAUUUUUAAAUUGAGAGUAAAAAUAUGUAGUUACUCCAAGUGAGACAAUUCACAAGAUCUCGAUAAGAACAAUCGAAAAGAAUCUUCGACAUUUCAGAGUAACGACUAGUCGCUGAUUAGAGUAUUAAUUGUCCGCUUAAUUAAUUCGGGCAUUAGGAGUUCUGCUGUACGAACGCUCGAAAAAAAAAUAUAUAUCAAGGAGUAAAGCUGUUCUCUUGUUUUUUAUGUGUAAAUUUCUAUGUCUAGCGGUAUCCUCGAUCGUAACGUCUUUAAAAUCAAUAUCGAAAAAUUAUUAUGUCAUUAGUUAAAUCAGAAAGGAAGAAAGUCUAACGGCUUACAGCAUCUUCUCAAAGAUGCACGAUUUUCCUGCGACACUUUGAGUUCUUUUUUUUUUUUUUCGAGAGAGAGAGCGAUCUACUUUAUUAUUUAGUGAUCUACUUUAUCUCACUUAGCGUACAACGCUUUAUAUAGCGGAUAGACGUAACAACUCCAGCGCGUGGAUGAUAAUAAUGUAACGCUAGGACGUGAAUUAUAUCGUGUCGCUGUGACACCAAAACUCGAGAAGCUAUAUAAAUACAUAUAUAUCUAUACGUUAAUUGCACUACUUAGCAAUCGGUCAGAUGUCAAGAGCGUUAUAUUUCUCCCAAUCACAUAUCCUACCGGGAUGUGCGGAGGUUUGUGUACAGAAGACAAAAAAAAAAUAUAUAUAUAUAUAUUCUAUUUACGUUCCAAAUUCAAUUUAUGUAAACGGUUUGCAAUAAACUCACGACAAGCAAUACGCGCGAUUUUCGCACGGUUAGGUAGUAGGGACAGCGAAUGACAGAUGGAACGAUUGUUCUCGUUUUAUCGGAAGGCCCAGGUCGUAAAGAGUACGUUGUAUAAGUAGUUUUAGUUUUAAUUUUUUAAGGAAUUCUCUAGAGAAAGAGAGACAGAGAAUACUUAGCGUUGAUUGAAAACUGUUUGUGAUAUACGAUUAUAUUGUUUUAAAUGCAUCGGUUCUCUCUGCGAAGCAACAAAGAGUUCUUGUCGCGGAUAAUGCUCAACGUUCCGGCAAUCGAGAGGCUGAAUGGUACGAUAUAUAUACAUACAUACAUACAUGUAUAUAUGUAUGUAUGUAUGUAUGUAUGUACGUAUAUAUGUAUAUGUGCGUGUGCGUGCGUAUGAGUGUGUGUGUGUAUGUAUAAGCCGGGAAUUGUACAUACUUGUCUUGAUUUCUAAAGGAUAAUUAGCUUUUUAGUUUGCCCAUGUUUGUCCGUGUUCCAUGUACACAUCUGAAGGAAUUGAGCCACUCUUUUUGAGAAAAGAACAAUUUCCUUCGUUUAGUAUUGUAAUAAAAAUUCAUUGACUUGUUUCCCUCUCCCGCUUAACAUGUCCGCGGAUUCGGAGCGCAGGGGUGGCUCGAAACUGUUCCGAUGCGCGCAAACACUUACUUUUUAUUCGUGUGAAAUUUGUUUUUAAGAAUACUUGUAUCAGGCCUGAUUUCCGCAAGAGUACAUAAUUCUUUACCAUGUGAAUAAAGAAACGUUUAUAUAUACUAGAAAUAAAAUUCUUUGCAAAAUGUA